AUGAUUCGAGUUCUGUUAUUGCUAGCCCUCUGUCAGUCGGUGCGGGGACAUGGACGAAUGUUGGAACCCCCACAGCGGUCCUCCCUGUGGCGCUUUUACCCAGGAGACGACCGUUUCAUACCCAACUAUAACGAUAAUCAACUGUUCUGUGGAGGAUUCUCGGUUAUGCAAAGUAACGGCGGGAAAUGUGGUGCAUGUGGUGACCCGUAUGACGGGGUACGGGAAAAUGAGGCUGGCGGCAAAUACGCAACAGGUUUCAUCGCUCGAAACUACAACAAGGGGCAGAUAAUUGACGUCACGAUCGAUCUAACAACCUCACACAUGGGGUUCUUCCAAUUUAAAAUAUGUCCUCAUGAUGACGUGACGACACCAGUUACUCAGACCUGUUUGGACGACCAUGUUCUUAAAUUUACAAAUGGUGAUUCGAAAUGGCCGGCUACCAUCACCGGGGUUUAUGAUCUCCAGCUUCAGCUUCCGUCGGAUAUGACCUGUGACCAAUGCGUCAUUCAGUGGUACUACAGAGCAGGAAAUAACUGGGGCGUUGACCAAAUAACCGGAGAAGCAUGUCUCGGAUGUGGUGAACAGGAAACAUUCAUCAAUUGUGCUGAUGUCAGCAUAUCCGGAACGGGCCCAUCGGCACUACCAACAGCACCACCAACGGCACCACCAACAGCACCACCAACACAAGGUCCCCCUUAUACUCCAGCACCGUUGACGACAAAAAUGCCAAGUGAUGAUGGUACGUGUCCAGAUGGGUACAGAACACGAUGUCGAGGAAACGGAGUGUUAGACGGGUGUUGUAACAUCAUAUGUCAGAACCAGGCCUGUGACUCGAACUUUUGCACGUGCGACUGCUUUCCGGAUAUGACGUGUGAAGGCAUAGGUCCUUUGAAGGAUGUGAUAUAUGCAGCGGAGUACUGCUUCUACCACUGUUUGGAUGGAUGUCCUGGGUUAAGUAACAGUUGUUUAUGUCACUCUAGUAUGUGA